GUUGUCUGAGGAGGAACUCUGAGUCUCCGGCUGCAGCUCACAUGUAAAAGAAAAGAAAGAGUGAAACAUCUCGACAACGACCGGACGCACUGACACGACUAUUUCAUACUAAAGUCUAUCUGCUAAACCGCAGCAUGUCAGCAUCACCAUGCCGACGUGAAGAGAUGCAGCCUCCCCAGUGAGAGAGAGAGAGAGAGAGAGAGAGAGAGAGAGAGGAGGGACAAUCAGACAGGAAGUGAAAAGUCUUCCAGACUUUAAAACUGAUCCGACUCUGCUCUGACUCAGUCUGCUUCACAUCUGUAUGGGAACCUGACGGAACAUCUGCCUGUUUAUAUGGGAUGGAUGUCCUCAACUCCAGCCGCCUCCCGGCCAACCAAUCAGACUUGAGCAGCGCCUUCACCCACCAGGUGCUCCCUCCGCUCUAUUUCGUGACCUGCAUCGUGGGUUUGUGCCUGAAUGGCGUGGCCGCCUGGAUCUUCUUCAGAGUGCCCAGUGACUCAGGUCUGGUGGUCUACCUGAAGAACAUGGUGGUGGCAGACCUGCUCAUGCUGACAACCUUCCCCUUCAAGCUGGCGUCUCAGUUAGGUCUCGGCGGCUGGCGCAUCCACGUGGUCAUCUGCCGCUACACCGCCGUGCUCUUCUACUCCUCCAUGUACGUGGGGAUCGUCUUCAUGGGCCUCAUCAGCCUCGAGCGCUACGUCAAGAUUGUGCGACACGCCUCCUCCUCCGCGCCCUCGUCCUGCAGGUCCAGGUUGGGCGGGGUGUCUGGGCUGCACCUCCUGCAGAGCGUGGGCUUUGCUCGCGUGCUGGCGCUCCUCACCUGGAGCCUCCUCGUCCUGUGCGUCCUGCCCAACGUCUUGCUGACCAGCCGUCCGGCCAAUGAGGAGAACCCUCGGCGCUGCAUGGAGCUGAAGACCCCCCUGGGCGUGCAGUGGCACCGGGUGUCCACCCUCUUCAACGUGUCCCUAUUCUGGGCGACGCUGCUGGUCCUCGCCUUCUGCUACGCCUCCAUCGCCCGCCGGGUUUACCAGUCGUACCGUCGCGUGAGGCGCAACAACAGCGACGUCCACCGCAAAUCCAACCGCAGCAUCUUCAGCAUCCUGGCGGUGUUCUUCGUCUGCUUCGUGCCGUACCACAUCUGCCGCGUGCCGUACACUCUGAGCCAAAUGCCGGGAUCGGGCUUCAGUCGGGACGCCCGGUUCGCACUGUUCCAGAUGAAGGAGGGGACGCUCUUCCUGUCGGCGCUCAACGUCUGUCUCGACCCCGUCAUCUACGUCCUGAUGUGUCGAACCUUCAGAGAGUCACUGCUGAAGAAACUGUCAGGGAGGGAGAGGAGAAGGUCCCUGACCACCGCCCACAGUCUGAGCAACAUCUAGGACGAGAGGAGACGAGGAGAGGAGGAGAGGAGACGAGGAGAGGAGACGAGGAGAGGAGAGGAGACGAGGAGGCAAGAAGAGGAAACAAGGAGAGGAGACGAGGAG